UUAUUUGAGCAUGGAGUGGGGUGACACGUGUUUGCGUGGAUAUUAUGUGGUCAUCAAGCAACUGAAGAUUCACAUUUUCACUUUUUAUCAAUUCUUGGAAUUGAGACUCACUUUGUAUAAUGUUGUAUAUAUCCAUGUGAUCAGGGGCGGACUGACCAUUUGGAAACUCGGGCACUGACCGAGGGCCCAGGGUCAGUAGGGGGCCCCAUGAGAUGCCCCUGGUACCUUUUUCAUAGGCUUUUUUGAGUUUGGGCAAGGACACAGGGGCCCCAUGA